AGGCAGGAGAGGGAGUGCCUGAGCCUCAGCUCUGUGUGUCCAGUAUAAAUACACUUUGUCCAGACUUGAGCUUGUCUUCACACCGGCAGCAGCUCCGUCUGGAAGGUCAAACACACCAUGGCACCAAAGAAAGUCUGUGUGAUCGGCUCUGGUAAUUGGGGCUCUGCCAUUGCCAAGAUUGUGGGUGCCAACGCGGCCAAGUAUGACACGUUCGACACCACAGUAAACAUGUGGGUGUUCGAAGAGACGGUGAACGGACGUAAACUCACAGAGAUCAUCAACACGGACCAUGAAAAUGUGAAAUAUCUGCCCGGCCACAAGCUGCCCCCCAAUGUGUUGGCUAUUCCAGACGUGGCUGAGUCUGUGAAGGGAGCCGACAUCCUGAUCUUUGUGAUCCCUCACCAGUUCAUUAUGAGAGUAUGUGACACCAUUAAAGACCACAUCAAGAAGGAUGCUGUAGGAAUGUCUCUCAUCAAGGGUGUGGAUGCGGGUCCAGAGGGUCUAAAGCUGAUCUCACAGGUCAUCAGAGGGAAGCUGGGCAUCACCGUGACCUGCCUCAUGGGAGCAAACAUCGCCAACGAGGUCGCUGAGGAGAAGUUCUGUGAAACAACCAUCGGGUGCAAAGACAAGGCUCACGGGCCCGUGCUGAAGGAGCUGAUGCAGACCACCAACUUCCGUGUGACUGUGGUGGAGGAGUCUGAUGUUGUGGAGAUCUGCGGGGCGCUCAAGAACAUCGUAGCAGUGGGAGCAGGUUUCUGUGACGGUCUGGGAUUCGGCGACAACACCAAGGCAGCAGUGAUUCGUCUCGGCCUGAUGGAGAUGAUCGCCUUCGCCAAGGUCUUCUGCACAGACUGCCCCGUCUCCCCCACCACCUUCCUGGAGAGCUGCGGCAUUGCUGACCUCAUCACAACCUGCUACGGUGGACGCAACCGCAAGAUCGGGGAGGCCUUCGCCAAAACAGGCAAAACCAUUGAGCAGUUGGAGAAUGAGCUGCUGAACGGUCAGAAGCUUCAAGGUCCAGCGACUGCAUCUGAGGUCCACCAAAUUUUGAAACAGAAAAAGAUGGUGGAAAAGUUUCCCCUUUUCACUGCUGUUCACCAGAUCUGCUUCAACAGCCACCCAGUCACAGAGUUCAUCAAGUGUUUGCAGGACCAUCCGGAGCACAUGUGAAGGAUUACAGACUGAUGAAUGGGUGGAAGUUGGUUAAAGGACUCACACGACAACUAUUGUAUAACCCAGGUGAUUAUAGGUUCGGAGAAGACUGUGCCUAAUCCUGACUACUCUCAUGUUUGAAUCUCAAACACAAAAAAAACACAAAAAAUGAAGUAGAGUGGCCUUCUCUACUGUGUUGACCUAUUUCUACUACAUUAUUGACAGAAAACACUAACUUUUGUUUUUACUAAUUACAAACGUAUAUGUCACAAAUUGUUGCAUAAAUCUACCAUGUCUUAAGAAUUUGAAUUACUGUGCCUUACACAAUAUUCAAACCCCCCGACCUAAAUGUUACGAGAUGUUACAUCAUUUCUUGGUUAAAAGUGCCUUAACGUGCCUUUUCACAGACAUGUAUGUUCUCCAAUGUCAAACAAAGCACUGAACACACAACAGUUACCACUCCCAUUGGGUUGUUUGUUUCUUCUGGACUUCUUACGAUGAUUUAUUUUGGAAUAAAUUAUUGAACUCGCUGACUUAUA